AUGGCUAAUGAAUUGCGAGACUUGGUGAAACAAGAACGGAACAUCUUGAAGACGAUUGACUCAGUGAAAUUGUUCGUUGAAGGAUUCGAUGUUGAAGUGCAUAGUGUGCAAGUGGAUAUUCGGAAGAUCGAACUACUGACGGAUGAUGUUGACGACGAUGAAGAAGAUGCUGCAAUGGAUCCCAAGAAAGAUGCAGAAAAUGCGAGGAUUAUCAUGGAUGCUGAAGACAAGUACUGUACCCUCAAGGCCAUUCUGAUGAGUCUUCGACCGAAGCUGUUCCACGAACCUGGUCGCAUCGAUCUGAUAAUCGGAGCAGAACACUACUUCAAUCUGCUCUCUGACGGUCGUGAGAAGGUUGGAGAUGAAGGCCCUACACUGCAACAUACAGUCUUUGGAUGGGUGGUUUCCGGUCGAGCAGCCGAUCAACCAGGCACGAUGCAUCGCACAUUGUCGUAUUCGUGCACACUUGCAAACCUGCAAGAACAGUUGACGAAGUUCUGGGAGAUAGAAACCUGUCGUUCCAGUAGUAGUCAAUCGGUAGAGGAGACGGCGUGUGAAGUAUUCUUCGAUCAAACAACCACUCGUGAUGAUGCAGGCAGAUUUAUCGUCGCACUUCCAAAGCGUGAAUUCAUCAUCAAUCAGCUCGGCGAGUCCAGAAACAUAGCGACAAGGAGAUUUCUGGGCUUGGAGAGGCGGUUCCAGUUGAAUCCAGAGUUGAAGGCAGCGUACGCAGAUUUCAUCCACGAGUACGAGCGACUUGGUCACAUGGUGCAAGUUCCGGACGUCGAAAAGCAGUUUCCCGUGUACUAUCUUCCCCACCAUGCAGUUUUCAAACUGGAUAGUACAACAACGAAGCUACGUGUCAUUUUCGACGCGUCCUGUAAGACCAGCAGCGGUGUAUCGCUCAACGAUGCGCUAAUGGUUGGACCUGUAGUUCAGGAGGAUUUGAUCACCAUCACACUCCGAUUCCGUUUGUUCCGCAUUGCCAUUGUAGCGGAUGUGGAAAAAAUGUAUCGGAUGAUACUCAUCUAUCUACUCGACCGAUGCCUACAGCGGAUCGUCUACCGAGAUUCCCCUGACGAACCGAUCCGAACGUACGAGUUAGCAACUGUCACUUACGGGACUGCAUCUGCACCAUACUUGGCGACAGCGGACAACGUCGACGAAGCGAAGCAGCUGGCAAAGGAAAUGAUUUCGCUAACUUCAUCAGGUGGAUUCAACCUGCGAAAGUGGAACUCCAACUGCAAGGGAUUGUUAGCCGAAUUGCAAUCCGAUCUCAUCGAUGAUCGUGCCACUUUAGAGCUUGAUUCCUCAACUUCACCAGUGAAAACUUUGGGGUUACUGUGGGAGCCCCAUUCAGACAAUUUCCGAUACCAUUCUCCUAAGUGGGACAACGAAGCAGUGCUCACGAAACGCGUCGUUCUCGCAGAAGCAGCUCGCCUGUUCGAUCCGUUAGGAUUGAUGGGUCCAGUUGUCGUCAUUGCCAAGAUAUUUCUCCAAGAAUUGUGGAAGCAGCAGUGCGGUUGGGAUGAUCCACUGCCCCAAGCGAUGCAAAACUUUUGGCAGGAGUAUAGGAUGAAUUUGACAGCCCUCUCGUCGUUUUCAAUUCCUCGGUGGAUAGGAUACACAUCUGAUGCAAUUUCGGUCGAGUUGCACGGUUUCUGUGACGCAUCAGACAAGGCAUACGGUGCAAGCCUCUACAUGCGUUGUACACUGUCGGAUGGCUCAGUAGAAGUUCGGCUGCUGAUUUACAAAUCGAGAGUAGCACCACUGGAGGAUCUCAAGCGCAACAAGAAGAAGUUAACCACCCCUCGCCUCGAGUUGUCAUCCGCACUGCUCCUCAGUCAUCUGUACGAGAAGGUCAAGCACAGCAUUCGUAUUCCGCACACCGCAAGCUUCUGGACAGACUCGACAAUCGUAAUGCAUUGGUUAUCUUCGCUGCCAUCGAGGUGGCAGAUGUUCGUAGCGAAUCGCGUGUCCGAGAUUCAGCACAUUACGAAGGGUUUCAAUUGGAAUCAUGUCGCUGGCUUGGAGAACCCUGCUGACAUCGUGUCACGAGGAAUGAUACCAGCUCAGCUUCAGUACAGCACGAUUUGGUUUGAAGGUCCUCCAUGGCUGCGUCGAGACCGCAGCACCUGGCCGGCGGGAAGUCCUGAGGAAGAUUUCGAGCAAUCAUUGCUAGAAGAGCGAAGUGCAGUCGCAAUUCCAGCACAGUCCAAGCCACACAGCGACAUCUUUUCAAUUCAUUCCUCUCUAUCUACGCUGAUCCGUAAAGUUGCAUGGAUUCGUCGCUUCAUCCACAACUGUCACCAUCGCGAAGAAAGACGCAAUAGGUAUCUCAGUCACGCUGAACUCCAAGAAACUAUGCUAUCACUUAUCCGUUUGUCUCAGAGGGAAUCGUUUCUGGAGGAGAUUUCUGCACUCCAGAGCGGAAAUCAAGUCAAGCCGUCGUCAUCGAUCAACAGACUCACACCAAUUUUCGUUGACGGGGUACUGUACGUAGGUGGUCGGCUAUCCAAGGCACCUAUUCCAGCGAGUCGCAAGCAUCCAGCGAUUCUCAGCUAUCAUCAUCCCCUGAGCAAACUAGUAGUCAUACACUACCACCAGAAAUUGUUCCACGCUAGGCAACAGCUUCUCAUAAGUAGAGUACGGGAGAAGUACUGGCCCACGCAGAUCAGAAGAUUAGCCAACACCGUAAUCAACGAAUGCGUGCCGUGCUUCCGAUGCAGACCGAAAGUGUUGGAUCAGCUGAUGGCAGAUAUGCCGUCGGAACGAGUUACACCCGCGCCACCGUUCCUGAAAGUUGGUGUCGAUUACUGUGAACCUUUUCUGGUUGCCUAUCCCAAUCGUCGAACAACUCCACGUAAAUAUUUCGUCGCAAUCUUCGUCUGCUUGGUCACGAAGGCUGUUCAUCUGGAGCUGGUGGGAGAUUUAACAAGCGAAGCCUUCCUCGCAGCAUUCAAGCGUUUCGUCGCACGAAGAGGCAAACCAACCCUGGUAAUGUGUGACAACGCUCUCAACUUCGUCGGAGCAAGGCGCAAACUCGACGAACUACACGAACUAUUCCGUAACCAGCAGUUCCAGCAGUCGAUCGUAAAUGAAGCUGAAGAAGACGAGAUAGAAUUUCGAUUCAUCCCAGCACGUUCGCCCAAUUUCGGUGGCCUUUGGGAAGCUGCCGUAAAAUCCUUCAAAAGCCACUUCAAACGCACUAUCGGAUCCAGAACGUUAUUGCACGAUGAAAUGCAAACGGUGGUAGUUCAAGUGGAAGCGAUCCUCAACUCCCGUCCGUUGACGCCGAUCAGCAAUGACCCAACGGAUUUCGAAGCAUUGACGCCUGGUCAUUUUCUGGUUCAGCGACCGCUAACAGCUGUUCCAGAACCGGACCUCAGUCACAUCCCGGAGAAUCGUCUUUCACUGUUGCAAAAAUCGCAAGACUUCGUGCAGCAGAUAUGGAAGAAAUGGUCCACGCAAUACCUGUCCGAUCUCCAUAACCGAACCAAGUGGACUCGUCGACGCAAUAACAUCUCCGUUGAUACAAUGGUUGUCGUGAAGGAGGACAAUAUUCCAACGAUGAAAUGGAAGUUGGGUCGAGUAGUAAAAGUUCACGCGGGUACCGAUGCGAAUAUCCGUGUAGUGACCGUGAGAACGAAGGACGGUCUUUUCCGGAGAGCUAUCUCGAAGAUUUGCGUCCUUCCCAUUCGGGACAAUCAAGCUGUGUCCACUUCUGAGGAGAAUUGA